AAUUUACUAUAUCUACAGAUGGAGAGCAAACUAAAGGUGGAAAAAUCAAAUAUCACUACCAUGGUUGGAUUUGUUCUCUUGGGGUUUUCUGAUACCCCCAACCUUCAGUGGAUCCUUUUUUCAAUGUUCCUAGUAAUCUAUCUUAUGAUCCUUAUAUGCAACAGCAUCAUAAUUCUGUUAACAAGCAUUGACCCUGUUCUCCAGACCCCCAUGUACUUCUUUCUCAGCAAUUUCUCCUUUUUAGAAAUUUGUUAUGUAACGGUCACCAUUCCAAGAAUGCUCGCAGACCUUUUGACCCAGAAGGGAAACAUUUCUUUCUUGGCUUGUGCAACACAAAUGUGUUUUGUCCUUAUGCUUGGAGGUUCAGAGUGCCUCCUCCUGACCGUGAUGUCCUACGACCGCUAUGUGGCCAUCUGUAACCCUCUGCACUACCCUCUCGUUAUGAACCGCAAGGUCUGUGUGCAGCUGGUCACUGCGUCCUGGGUCAGCAGCGUUCCGGUGGUCAUUGGACAGACAUGCCAGAUUUUCUCUCUGCCCUUCUGUGGGUCUAACACAAUUAAUCACUUCUUCUGUGACAUCCCCCCGAUUCUCAAGCUGGCGUGUGGGGACACGUUUGUGAAUGAGAUCGCGGUCUACGUGGUCGCGGUGGUGUUUAUCAUGGUCCCCUUUCUGUUAAUCGUUGUCUCCUAUGGCAAAAUUAUCUCCAGCAUUUUGAAGCUUUCAUCAGCCAGAGGGAGGUCGAAGGCCUUCUCGACCUGUUCUUCUCACCUGAUAGUUGUCGUCCUGUUCUAUGGAACGGCCACCAUCACUUACUUACAACCCAAGCCCAACCAAUCGGAAGGAGUCGGGAAACUGAUCUCGCUUUUCUAUACUGUUCUGAUCCCAACGUUGAACCCCAUUAUUUACACCCUGAGGAACAAGGACAUCAUGGCAGCACUUAGGAAACUGCUAACAAAGGUAUUGACUUGA